UAUAUUUCAUCGAUAUCCAUCAAUGGCGAAAGUGAGCAUAAGCAGCGUAUUGUGGGCGUUGUGCGUGGCGAGCGCGGUGGGAAUAGCAUGGGGACAGAGCGCCACCAAUGUGAGGGCCACGUAUCACCUGUACCAGCCUGAGCAGCAUAACUGGGACCUCAUGGCCGUCAGUGCUUUCUGCUCCACCUGGGACGCCUCCAAGCCCCUCUCCUGGCGCAGCAAAUACGGCUGGACAGCUUUCUGCGGCCCCGUCGGCCCCCAGGGUCAGGCCGCCUGCGGCCGCUGCCUCCGCGUCACCAACACCCGCACCGCGGCCCAACAAACCGUCAGGAUCGUCGACAAGUGCAGCAACGGCGGUCUGGACCUCGACAUCGGAGUUUUCCAGAAGCUCGACACCGACGGCAACGGCAACGCUCAGGGUCACCUCAUCGUCAACUAUGACUUCGUCGACUGCGGCGACUGAUCCAUCCAUCCGAUAUCCUCCGUAUCUUCUUAUAAUAAAAGCACUAUACAUGUACAUUAGUGCUGCUCUUGUUAUCAGAUUGUGCCGAUAAUAAUUUGCUUGACGAGUUCAUUCUACAUAUAAUUAUACCGCACUUCUCCGGCCA